AAAGAAAAUAUCAAACCAUUGCAAAUGUAUGACUUGAUGUUAUAAAUACAAUGUAGUAAUUUAACACAGACCAUCAACAUAGGAACUUACAUUGCAAAUUUAUUGCCAAUUUUUUCAGCCAUGGUGACCAAAACAGUUUAAGCUUGGCCAUGCAGGAGCACAAAUCCUUCCUUGUUUAAGACCUUGCCUGCAUCAUUGACCCAUCUUUCAUGUUCACUUGUUAUUUCUUUGCUCCAUCUAGUAUUUUGUGACCAGAAACCAGUCAACAGUCAUUGCAUUUGCUGUUGGUGGAAAGUAUGUUCCUGGAAAUGGUUUCAGCAUCGUAGGAGCUCAUACUGAUAGCCCCUGUCUCAAGGUGCACAUGAAAAAGUCUUCUCAUUAAAAGUUAUCACUGUAAAAAUCAUUCAUUUAUUUAAUAUUUAUUAUUUUAAUAAUGCAAGAGGUCAGAAGUCACAUUACUUCAAAGACUUGUGGUAAUACCAUUAUGGUUUAAGUAUUGCAUUUAUUUGAAAAUGUUCAAAACACAUAGAGAGGUUAAAUUUGGUUUUAAAUUUGUCCAAAUCAAAAAUUUAAGAAACUAACUGCUUUUUUAAACCUACAAUAAAUCAUGAAAAAAAUCAGUACUUAGUUAACCCUUCAACUCCCAGAUCAAAUUUGUAAUUCUCCUUACUGUCAACCAUACAAUUCUUGUAAUGUUAGUUCAAAGAACUUACUAUAAUUGUAUCCCCAAAUUGAUAUUUUUCUUUAUUCUCGUCACUUAUCUGAAGAAGAAAUUCUGUCUUGGUCACUCAUGGUAGUUAAAGGGUUAAGAAAUAAGGUUCCUUUUUGUUCAAUGAGAAGUGAAGGAACAGGAGGCUAGGGAAUGGUAACAUGGCAAUGCUUUCAAUCUGCACCUGAAAAAAAUUGUAGCUGAGCUAGAUCAUCAAAAUUUAGUUGGACAAUCUGUGUAGUGGCAGUAGAUUUCUCCAAUCUUCGAUGCCUUUAUGAAAAGGGUAAUUAGGUGUUAUCAACUGAGCUUAUAUUGUAAAUUAGCCACCAUAAAGAGUUUAGCUCUUUGUCAAUCACUCCGACAAAAGGCUAAUGCUCAAAAUGUCCAGCUUUAAAACUCUUUAUAGCGGCCAAUUUAGGUUAUCAACUCAGUUGAUAAUACUUGAUUUGCUGUUAUACUCUCCUACCAAUGUAUAGCACCACAGUUUCUUCAGAAACUUACCCUCUUUAUUCAUUUUCCUUAAUAAAAACACUGUCCAGUGUUAGAGAUGUUGAGAAAGAUAUAAGUGGAUUGGUUGAGAGAGGAGCAGAUCAGAAAGCAGAGAAAAUAACUCUGGCACAUAAUUUUUUAACACACUUAAUAUUGGAACAGGUGAAGCCAAAUUCAAAGAAGAGCAGCAACGGAUAUCAACAAGUUGGGGUGGAAUGUUAUGGAGGAGGAAUCUGGGCCACUUGGUUUGACAGGGAUUUGAAAUUGGCUGGCAGAAUUAUGAUUAAGGUACUAUACUGUAGCAUUUACUUCCAACAUUAGAUUCUGCCUUGAGACAUCACUUAAAAGAGAAAAUAGAGAAAAACAAAGAAUAUUUUUUGUGCAUUGCUUGCAUAAUACAAGUUUCAAUAAAAUUGGUGAUGAUAAUGUUGCAUUGAAUACAGACUGAAUUGGACUCCACCUGAUCAUAUUAACAUUAUUAUUUCCUAUUUCUUCCUGGUUUGAAUUGAUCAUGCAACAGAAAGGUGAUAAAUUGCAGCACCAUUUAGUUCACAUUGACAGACCAAUCAUGCGUAUUCCACAUCUGGCAAUUCAUCUGCAGCGCGACAUCAAUGACAAGUUCUCACCAAAUAAAGAAACUCACAUGUAAGUAACUUAAUUCAAGCCACAGAAAGCCCAAGUUCAGUGCAAGAGUAUCUGAAUAACGUUGUUGUAACACAGACAAUGCUAGAUGAGCAUAGAUUCUAGUGGCAGAAAAAAGUGAUAGUUUUAAGAAGCCAAAGACUGUGAUAUGAGAAACAGUCCAUCAAACAGAUCUGCUGAUCAAUAGUUUUCUUGGUUUAUUAAAAAGGAAAAGCUUUAUAUUGUAGAAUUAUUGUAAAUAUGUUUACUUGAUGAGCUGAUGUGGUCAUGAACACAGAGUCAUGGGGUGCAUGAUCAGUACUGACAGUAAAUUAAGUUAUAUCUGAACAAACUUAAGCGAGUUGUCUUUCUCUUAUUCCAGAGCACCUAUCUUAUCAACUUGUGUAUAUGAAAGUCUGGUGAAUAAUUCAGCCAAUGAAGAUGACAUCAGUGACAAAGAGCCCAAGGAAAAAAAAUGUAGGGUGAGUAAUUAUCCAUUUAUGAUGUACAGUUAAUGGUUUCAACCUGGGAAUUGCAAUACACUCACUAAUGAUGUCUCCUGUUCAGGUUGCCAAUAUUUAAUUCAUUGUUACUGACAACAAUUCUUUCCUGGAUCAACAAUUGCACUACGUGAUUGAUUGUAUUGCACCUUGUAAGAUAUAAAUUCAUUCAUUACAUAUUUGUUUCUUUAUUUACUUAAUUAUGGCACUGAAUUUACUAAUUUAUUUCUUUAGAGCAAUUCUCAUCAGUCAACUCUAAUCAAACUCUUAACAGAGGAGUUGAAAUGUGAACAAGAACAAAUCAUGGACUUUGACUUGCACCUGGCUGACAGCCAGCCUGCUGUGAGUAUCAAUUUCUGAUCAUGUCAUCAUUCAUGUGCAAUAAGUUUAAAAGAUUGCAUGCUAAAAGUCUCUUUACAGCUAAGAGUGUAUGACUAGCAUCUAAUUUCUCUUUACAAUAUGACCCCUGAAUCACACAAUGAGGUCACAAGUUGGAAAUGAUCACCAACUAAAGAAAAUCCUGAUUGUCAAACAAAUUCUCUUUGUCAGCACCUUCAAAAUGUAUGGAGAACAGUAUGGAGAAUUUAAGGGUGCAGAGGGUUAGAAUUAUAUUUAUACUUUACCUCCAGGGGGUCCUUCUCUUGUAAAUUCUGUUUUACAUAUACAAGUCAACCUGUUUAGUGUCAUGUAUCACCUCUUUUAAAAUGCUAAGUAAACAGAAACAUUCACUUGGUAAUGACAAUGUCAGAAGUCAUUUCCUUGAUUUUAAAACCUUAUUUUCUCAACCAAUUUUCAAAGAUAAUUGAAUUAAGGGGGUAAGUUUCUAAAGAAACUGUGGUGCUGCAUCAGUAGGAGAGUAUAACAGGGUAUUUAGUAUUAUCAAAAUGUAAAUUGGCCAGCAUAAAGAGUUUCAAAGCUGAUGUUAGCUCUGACCAAGGGCUAACACUCGAAAUGUUAGCUUUGAAACUCUUCACAUUCAAGUUGGCCAAUUUACGUGAUCAACUUAAUUGAUAAUAUACUAAACUACCCAAUUUUCAAAGAGAUUAAUAUCAGUAUAAUGGAACAUUAGUAGCUCAGAUCUUGGGUGUCAAAGGAUUUGGCUUUUCAUUCAUGGGGAAAACAUUGUACUAAAUGACUCACAUUCCAAAGAAUAGCAAAUUACUGGCUGUUAUUUCCCUUAAUUUCAUGGGUAAAGCCAGGGGGUCCUCUGGUUUGCCCAUUACACCCCUUUAGUUGGAAUGAGCCAACAACAUAGGAACAUUAAAAUUCAGGUUUGAAAAUGGGCUAAUGCAAAUAAUUCGCAUGACAUAAAUGCUUACCACUGCUAGUUACUCCAUUUGCCAAUCCUCACUGUAUGUCAAUACAAGAUGGUAUGAGCCCCUUCACUUAAGGAAUUUUUAACAUUAAAUAUUAAUCCCCUUAUUCCUUGUGGUAAAUUGUACAAGCCACACCCCUGAUUUUGCAUUUCAACCAUACUUUAUUUAGGCUCUCUUUAAUUAAUCUAUUUUAUUUUUUCUCUCUUAGACUUUUGGUGGUGCACUGGAAGAGUUUAUUUUUUCACCAAGAUUGGACAACCAAGUCAGCUGUUUUUGUGCUUUACAGGUAGAGUGAGUCUUUGAUUUAGAGCUACAUGGAGAGAAUAUUCCUUUCAGAAAACCAAAACCAUUUGUCAAUUCUGAAAUAAUGAUCCAUGUUCUUGUAUGUAUAUGUUCAGGUGCUUCAACCUGGCUUUGCUAAUUUUAAACACCAGUUCUUUGGUAUAUAUAUACCACCGCACUUUUCCAAGUGUUCCUUUAAAAAUCCUGGUAUGCUUUUGUACAUUCCUCAGUCAAAGUUGUGCAUACUGGUAAGUUACAAUCCAUCAAUUGAAAGAAUUGGUGUUUAACAUAGUAAAGAUCAUUCUGAGCCAUCCUAAUUUCAAACUUGAGUUGUUUUCAUUGACAAUGUUGUACUCCUUAACUUUUAGGGCCUUAUUCAAUCUCUGGAAGGUCCAUCUUUGGCAUCAGAUCCCAACAUCCGAAUAAUAACUUUGUAUGACAAUGAAGAGGUACAUAAUCAGUCAAGUACAUGUUUAUGACAUCAAAGACAACUGAUCCAAUGCCAGUUAAUCAAUCAAGUUUUUAGUAACUUCCAUCAAUGCAUAUUCAGUGUACUGUAAACUAAUUUACUAAAACAUCCUGAUGACAGGUUGGUUCUGGGAGUGCCCAAGGAGCAGAGUCAAUGCUCACGGAGCAUAUUCUGCGUCGCUUGUCAGCAGGUCAGUUGUUCUCAAUUUGAUCACAUUAAUUUUACAUAAUAUAUGAACCUUGUAGUGGUCAAGCAUACUGUAGAGUCUCAGUGGCUCAGUGAUAGAGCAAUCGCAGCUUUUAAUGCUAUGAUUUUUUGGCUUGAAACCUAGGUGGGACAGCUACAAGUUUUGAAGAAGCAAUACCCAAGUCAUUUCUUCUCAGUGCUGACCAAGCCCAUGCAGUGCAUCCAAACUAUUCGUAUGUAUCCUUAACUUGGAAGCCUUCAAACCCUCAACAUCAAUAUGCAUAUGCUCCAUUCUAUUCUCUAUACAUUCCCUAAGGGACUGGGAAGGAGAAUUUGUUCAGCAAUCAAGAGUUUCUUUCAUUGGUGAUCAUUUCCUAAUUAUUCUUGUGGCCCUAAAGUUUGAUUUAGGGGUUAUAUCAUAGGGAGAAAUGAGAUGCUGAUCAGUCAUGGGCAUCAAAGUGGUUAAAAGCCUCUUGCAAUGUGUUAUGUUUGACUUGCACAUGAGUUUUCAGAUAGCGUGGUUAGUUGGCAAAUAUAGGUUAAUAUGGAUGAUAGCCCUGUAAGCUGUUUUAUUGUAAUUUGCUUUUGGAUGUUGUGGAAUAAAAAAACUUAUCUCAUCAGCCGUUACUUCAGUAGUUGAGUGAAAACUUCUAGCCUUAAUCAGGUGAUAGGUCAGCAUUUUGGGUUGGGUAUGAACAACUGGUUUUUCUUCUUUUCUGUUGUAGAGAAAAACAUGAAGAGAACCAUAAACCUGCUCUCCACAAGGUGAGGCCUUGACAAACAGAACUGUUAAUAAUUAAAAUACUUGAGAUAGUAGUCACCUGCUCUCAUUGGUUGAUUGGUGUAUUUGGAGGAGAGUAUUUGAGACAAUUAUGAUGUCAUACUCUCUAUGCUUUCGGAGAUAUAUUUUAGGAAUCCAAUAGAUAACUUUUUUCCCUGUUUUUAUUAGCCUCAUCUAAACACUUUGUGGUUGGGGAUGAUUUGAGAAAAUUGAGCAGACCCUGAACUACAUCUUGAGCUUGCACAACUUUCUCAAAUUCCCUCGACAACCCUUGUGUUUAGGAGUGACAAACUUCUCUGUAGAUUAGUCAGUCAGGAACAGAAGGUUUGGUUUCUGCAGGAAUCAAAAGCUGUGGUGUCUUCUUAAGGGAAAGUAUUUUUGCUCCUCUUUUUCCUUAAAUCAAUUCAAUCUUGGACACGUUAUUUAAAUGUUCAACAUCCUUUCUUCCUUCACACUGACAUGGCAAUGUUAAACCACAAACUCAGGGGUGUGACAUGAUUUUGAACUUCACGUCAUGGUAUAUCCUGUACAAUUCAUUUAUCUUUGUUGUUUUUUUUUUUAGGGUCCAGUAAUAAAAAUUAACAGUAACCAACGAUAUGCAACAACAGCAUUGUCCUCAAGCAUUUUAAGGCUGAUUGCAGAGAAGAGUGAGGUUCCACUGCAGGUAAAAGUUCUGGGAUGUGUUACAUAAAAAAAUUGUCACAAUUGGUUACCUUUGCUUGAACUUCUACAAGUACCGAGCAGUAGUUUUAAUUCCAUUGCAUUUUGUUUUAAUUACAGGAAGUUUGUGUGCGUAAUGAUUCUCCAUGUGGAACCACUAUAGGCCCCAUCCUGUCUGCCAAGCUUGGUUUAUUAACCUUAGGUAAUUGAAUUUAGUUGUUAAUUAGCUAAUUGAAUUUAGUUGAUGUACAAAUGUACGUUACCCACUAAACACAUGAGUAAAAAGUUGGUUACCUGCAUUCUAUGGUCAGAUGUAAGACAUGUCACUGCCAUCUGUUUAGCCUGUGAGCAGGCUCUUGUGUUUGGGUUACACCAGAAGUGAUGUAGACAGUUUCCUAACAGUCAUGCAUUCUCAAAGAAGUAUGAAAAUUUGGUGAAUAAUCAGAAUUUUUAAAACUUAGGAAAAAUAUGAAAAGUGAAAUAAGAAGUCUUCAAAAAAUUGGGAUGAAGCCAGAAGUUUAAACCGAGGAAAGCAAGUGCGUUAUUACUGAGUGAGGUUAAGCUAAAUAUCUGGAAGUACAUGGUAAACCAAUAACAAGCCAGAUUCAUCUUGAGUAUUGCAAACUUUAUUUAUGAUCUGUUUUUAGACCUUGGCGGUCCCCAGCUAGCAAUGCACUCCAUCCGAGAAAUGUGCUGCUCCUCCAUUGUACAUCAAGAGACAUUGCUAUUCAAGGUGACAAUUUCUUUGUACAGUAAGGCAUUCAUAAGCUGGCGUUACAUGAUCUAUCACGCAACGCUAUCUUAGACUAGGGCAAGGUUGCGCGUGAUGGUUUCCGUCGUGUCGCCCAAUAGCCAUCAAAUUAUAGAGCACACAGCAUCGCCAAUCUUCUCGUCCUUUUAUGGCGGCCGGGAAACAGUGUGUUCUUCGGUCCAUACCAGACUAAUAAGUAAAAUACUGCCAAGAAGCGCAAUUAUCGCACUGUAUGACCUAUUUGCGUGGUCUAAAUACAUUACCUUCAUUACCUAUUUUUGUUAUUGUUAUUUUGUUAAGAAGGUCACAAAUAGACACAGUAGGAUUUGAAUGUUACGUGCUUUCCUUCAACUAACUUGUCGUAAGCGACAAUCGACAUUUGUUUACCGGGGUUUUAAUCACCACUGAGUGUUUGGACGGGUGCGAAUCUACCAGUGGGUUCACUAGUAAGCAAAGUGAUUUUCCUCAUCAAUUAAUUGAGAAGUUUUUUUUUUUUUUAUAUAGGGUUUCUUUGAGACACUUCCAACAGUGCUGGAUUCCGUAGUAGGAGCUGACUGAAGUCAAGCCAACGGCAUUCCUAAGCUUCUUUCGCUUGAAUCCUCUUCCUAAUCUCCGCUUAAAUGAUUUUUGCUUGAAAAGCAUCACAGGUUCAACCCAGCAAAGUAAACAAGACACUUAGUCAAAAGAAAAGGGACAAAAUCCGAGCACAAUCUGAAUGUAAAAAUCGUGUAACAAGGGAAGGGGUAGAAGACGGGAGCAUGUAAACAAGAGAUGGUAUUCAGUCAAAAAAUAAGGAUGAUCACAAGCAUGUGACAAGCACAUAGAAAUUAGCACGCUCAGCUCAAUGAAUGUUAACACUACUCUUCUGACUCGAUCCAUCAGCUGAAUUUCUACCGAAAAAGUUUCUUGAAAUUGUGAGUAUAUAUUGAUGAUAUUCAUCGUGUUCGUUUUGUGUUAAGUUGCUAAUGCGAUGGGGUGUCUACACACCAAAGACCAAAGACCUAGAACCGAAUAUAUGGGCGGCCGUCACCACCAAAAAUACAAGGAUUUUAAAUAGAUCAGCAAAUACAAAGCUAGUUUAAAGAUCAGUUGCAAGAUAGAAUAGCUAAUAAAAGAAUGGCAUGACCAAAUUAUAGACGGUUUAGUUUUCCUUCAUGAAAAAGAACACCCUAAAUAUGAAUAGUCUAGCCAAAUGAUAAACGGUCCAGUUGCCCAUGUCGAGUUGGAACAUGAAAUAGUGAAAUGGACUAGCUCAAUUACGAAUAGCUAAGCACUCAUUUGCAAUACGGUACACAAACGGUAUAGCGUUGCGUCAAAUGGCUCAGGUUAAUGUCGAGUAGCAUAACGUAUGCAUAAACGGUGUAGCGUUGCGUGAAAUGGCUCAGCGUAAUGUCGAAUGGUAUAGCGUACCACACAGGUCAGCAUUAGAUUCCAUCCACCAAAACCACCUCGGUCGAGAGGGACUGAGAUGGAAUAUUUAAUGACUUGCAGAACAUAACCGAAUAUUCUCGGAAAUUCGCGAGUGAUGUAACCGAACAUCCGAAGCUGUCAAUCCCAUGAUUCUUGAGGAACAAACAGAAACAGCAAGGCGGUAUUUUAAAGCGUGAACGUUUGCUUGAUGGUAGACAUGCGGAUAAUUUAGGAUACGUUAAUUCUGUUGAUGAGGCUUAUAAACUUAUUGCGGAGUUUGAAACAGGAUUGACAGCGAAGUUCUCUUGCUUUAAAGCUGACAUAGGUUCCGGAAACACUGGU